AUGGAAAAUAAUAACAACGAAAUUGUCCGAGGAAAACAAAAACUCCUCUUUGACGAAAUCGGUCGUCCUUACGUGUACAUUUGCGAAGGGUACGAAGUUCGUUGCCAACGUGGUGAAAUCCCGGAAGAAUACAAGAAAAAAGCUGAACGCGAGCUCCGUGAAACGCCCGAAAAUGUCAAAGCUGGCGUCGAAAAGUUACGCGCUCUCUUGAAAGCGGACCAAGAACUCUUCACGCCCUACGAGAACGACGAUUAUUUGAUAAAAUUUCUUCGUCGCACGAAAUUCUAUCCGGAAAGUGCGUACCAGCUGAUUCGUCGUUACUACAAAAUCAAGCAAAAAUACCCGAAAUACUGCGCAAAUUUGACGGGAUCCAAUACUCGCAUCGUCGGCGAACAAGGAAUAACUCAGACGAAUCCACGUUUAACGAAACACGGAGAACGAAUUUUCCAGAUUCAUUUCGCGAAUUGGGAUCCUUGCAAAGUUUCGAUCUACGACAUUUUCCGGAACAUUCUAAUGGUGGUCGAACCGACAAUGUUGGAGCCAAUGUCACAAGUGAACGGAUUCAUUGUCAUGAUUGACGUCAAAAAUUUAACGAUGCAACAAAUUUUGCAAUUUACGCCGUCUUUUGCGAUGAUGCUGUUGGAAUUUUUGCAAGAAUGUCUUCCUUUGCGCUUAAAAGGGGUUCACGUGGUCAACAAUUCAGGAAUUUUCCCACUACUUUACAAAAUUUUCAAACCUUUCCUCGGAGAAAAACUACGAAAUCGGAUCUUUUUUCACGGAAGUAACUUUGAAAAAUUAAUCGAAGCUGUUGGAGCCGAAAACUUGAGACCUCGUUAUGGUGGCACGAUGCCUUGUGACGUCAUUGAUCCCAUGCUGCAAGCCGAGCUGUAUGUCGUUGGAGAAGAUGAGUUCGAAGUGGCCAAUUCCUUCGGAUUUGUAGAAGAUAUAAAAAAUGUACCGAAAAUUGUCGAGGUAGCACACGGCAAAUUCAUACUCGAGAAGAGACUCUCGAAAGAUUUGAUUGUAAAAAAUUGA